AAGAAAGAAUUUCACAUGCCCAUCUCCUUGGCAACCAUCUCCACGGCAACAUAUGUUGUGGUUGCCAACUCCACAGUAGUAGUGCCAAGGCAGGCGGGCAAUGGGCAGGGACAGGCUUGGGAGGGGACAGGCAGGGGACACAGCAAGACAAGAUCAUGGGCUGCUAUUCAUCUAGGGACCCUCGAAGUGAGGGGGACCAACAGGCCAGAGGCUCAGCGCCUCCGGGGGUUGCAGACUACUGAGCUCGGCUCCCCUUUCUCUCCCUCAGAGAAGCUAAAGAACACGAAGAUCAUCUUUGUGGUGGGCGGGCCAGGUUCGGGGAAGGGCACCCAGUGUGAGAAGAUCGUGCAGAAGUAUGGCUACACCCACCUCUCCACCGGCGACCUCCUGCGCGCAGAGGUCAGCUCAGGCUCGGCCAGGGGCAAGAAGCUGUCAGAAAUCAUGGAGAAGGGGCAGCUGGUGCCGCUGGAGACAGUGCUGGACAUGCUCCGAGAUGCCAUGGUGGCCAAGGUGGAUUCUUCCAAAGGCUUCCUGAUCGACGGCUACCCCCGGGAGGUGCAGCAGGGAGAGGAGUUUGAGCGGCGGAUUGGCCAGCCCACGCUGCUGCUGUAUGUGGACGCAGGCCCUGAGACCAUGACACAGCGGCUCCUGAAGCGUGGGGAGACCAGCGGGCGCGUGGAUGACAAUGAGGAGACCAUCAAGAAGCGGCUGGAGACCUAUUACAAGGCCACCGAGCCUGUCAUUGCCUUCUAUGAGAAGCGUGGCAUCGUCCGCAAGGUCAAUGCUGAAGGCUCCGUGGACAGUGUCUUCACCCAGGUGUGCACCCACCUGGAUGCCCUCAAGUAGCCACGUUGGAGCCCCACUCCCCCCACCCGGCCCUGGCCCUCGCUCGCCAGCCACCACACACAGAAGAGGCCACUUGGUCCUGAGGCGGGCAGGUGCCGAGCACUAAAGGCAUUUCCAAGGACGUUUGGUUUUCCUCCUCUUUCUUUGCUUCCAGUGGGAGUUGAUUCCUACAGGGCCAGAGUCUCCAGCCCAUCGUUUGCACCUCAGCCAGCCCCUCCUCCUGCCGGGGACCCGGCCCUUCUUCACCUAGCCAUGCCCAGCACAGGCACCUGGGGGUCUGGGCUCUCACAUUCCUUGCCCAGUGCAGUGUGGCCUCAGCCCUGACCUCUCAGCUCCCCAAGCUGUGUCUUCCAUGCUGACCACGUGGGGCCUGAACGGCAGCAGCAGCAGCAGCAGCAAGGUCCUGGCUAGGUGGCCCCCUGGGCAGUGGGUGACACGUGCCAGCCAGCUGAAGAUGCAGUGAAUCAGUCCCCUGGUGCCCGACACUGUGGGGGUCUGAAAAGGGCAUGUGUGCCAGGCAUAGUGGCACACACCUGUGAUCCCAGCCCUCAGGAGGCUGAGGCAGGAGGAUCUCUGAGUUCAAGGGUAGCCUGAGCUAUAUAGCAAGACCCUGUCUCAGAAAAAAAAAAAGCAGGGGAGUGAAUGAACGAAUGAAUGAAUGGGGAGUCAUGUUAGGGUCCUUUUCUGAGGACAGGUGAUCUGAAGCCCCUACUGUGGCCCUGCCCAGAUUCUAGCCACCUUCUGCGACCUAUUUCCAAUCUAAAACAUAUUUGGUGUCCUCUGCCAUCACCUUCAGCUCAGGACAGGGACACGCUGAACAAGGUUAGGGGUUGGCAGUGACCUUCAGAACCAGACGUGCUGGCGACUUCACCCAGGUUCGGGAGGACCAGUGUCCCUCCUGUGCCUCCUCACUUGUUGGCUGUGUCACCCAGGAAGCCUCAGUGUGGUGCUCACCGACUCCCAGCCCAGACGGACACCCAUGUGGGGCGAAGGAGCUCAUUUUGGUCCUCUCUAGUGACAGUGGCUCUGCUUCUCCAUUGACAGUUAUUCAAACUUUGCAUUUUUUUUUGGUACCAGGGAUCGAACUCAUGACCUUAUGCUUGCCAUCCAGGUGCUUAUGCCGCUGAGCUAAACCCCCAGCCCCUCAAACUUUCCUUUAAAAUAAAGGUAUUUAAAUUACAAA